AUGCAUGGCAGACAAACCGUACAGAUGGACAGCAGUUCUAGCUCCGGGGUGGUGGUCGAUGACAGUCCCCCGUCUAGCCCGUGCUCCAGCUCCAGUCCGGAUGGUCACCGCCGGGAGUCUGGAGCAUCCCGGGCCAGGGUGCUUCAGCCCGGGCCACUGACCGGGAGAGGGCGGCCUGCAGCGGCGAACGCAGCCCGGGAGAGGAGCCGCGUUCAGACUUUGAGAACUGCCUUUCUGGAACUUCAAAGGACACUGCCGUCUGUGCCGCCGGACACCAAACUGUCCAAACUGGAUGUACUGAUUCUGGCCACCACGUACAUCGCCCAUUUGACACGGACACUUCAGGAGGAAGGCGCUGAGGAGGGAGAGGGCACAAGGCAAACAGAGGCGUUACACUCUCUGAAGGGUGAAGGCUAUCUGCAUCCUGUCAAGAAAUGGCCGAUGAGGUCUCGGCUGUACGUGGGGGCAUCAGGACAAUUUCUAAACGCAAAAAAACCAUCGGAUUCAGAAAAUCAAGGCCCAAGCAGCAGCACCUCUGCACAGACUACACAAUUAUGGCGAUUUUACCUAAAAACGACCUCGAGAGGUUUGUCCUCAACAAUUCGUUGCCUCAAUUUGGAUACGUGGACGAGUUUCCUUAAUGCUCUGUGGUCCCUCAUCCAAACCAAAAGCCGUGUGGUGGUGGACCAUGAAGACCUUACCAGUCUAAGAUCCUCGGCACCUCUUUCAAGGGUACAAGAGGCAGGAGAAAAAGGACAUAUGGAGCAUGACGCGGCCUCACCAGCAAACUAUGACAUCGGCCCCUUUUUCAAGAGUGCAAGAGGCAGGGGAAAGCACAUGUGGAGCAUGACACGGCCUCACUGA